AGGUGGGACGGUGAAAAUGAUGCGUGGGUGGUGCAGCACUGAGCCGUAUUGAUGGAUGUGUUAACAGACAGCAGUCUCACAUUGAUCGUGAAGACUUCAGAACCAGAGAAUGCAAAUGUUGAUGAGAACACAGGGUUAUGUGAGCAGAGUGGUGAUCUGAGUCUGUGCGGGCUCGUUGAUGCUGCUCUCCCUCCAUCCUCCACAUCUCCUCCUGCCGCAAAGACUACCAAACGCGCCUGCCCGUCACAUCAGAGGACCGCUCAUACAUCACCAUCCCUCACCCCGACCCUUGCCGCUGACCCCUGUCUGGACCACACGCUGGCCCGCUGCCCCCCUUCUGAUGAGGCCGCGCCUGUAGCGCCCCACCUUCACCGUACUCCCACGUCACUUCCCACCGCAGCUGUAAGCUCCUGGGGCUCAACAGGAGACGCCCAGAAAACGUCCUCACCGCUUGCCCUCCCUCUCCCGUCUGCACUGAUGGAGCCCGCUGCCGUGUCCGCCCUGACUGAGGAGUGUCUUCUUCAGCCUGCUCGAACAUGUCUCGGCUGCUUCAUCGAAACGCGUGAUGCCACCGACCCGAAUACCCUCCAGAACCCUUCCCACGACCCCAACACCAACCCUGACACAGACCCUGGGCUAAGUGUCCGGAUAGGGGACGUAAGCCGUGAGGACUUCUCUGACAUCAACAACAUCAGCAUCCAGUGCCUGAGCCAUGCAGGGGAGGCGGUGAGUCAUUAUGGGGAACAGCUCCUCUCUGACCAGCUCCUCAGUUUUCCUCUGCCCAAAGCUUCGAGUGAGGGUAAGAGAGGAGAUGAAAACAAAACCACAGAGGACUGUGAUGACCCAGAAGAUGACGCAACAGCUAAGAACUUGUAUGAGGGAUUGCUAUUGGACAAAGUUAGUGGAGAGGAGGUUCUCUUGGCUAAUGCUGGUCAGGACUGGGGCUACUUUGAGUCUUUUAUCAGCGAGAGUAAAAUGGAGCUGUUAGACCUCUGUUCUAAGAAUGAACUAUCAGUCAACCUUUUCUCUGAGGAGGACGUUGACAAUCUGUUUGAUGAUGAGGACGAUGAUUCCACAUUAAGCAGUGAUGUCUGUUCGCUUAAGAUUCGUUACGAGUCUUUCCAGGACAACAUGAGGGAAAAAACUAAUGUGCUCCAGGAGGAGACACAGUUCAACUUCUUCCCCAGCGUCCUGGCUAACUGUGCCAAGAAAGAGGAGGGUGCGUCAGUCUUGAGGAGAAGUACUGAGGAGCUACAGCCCAAAACUGAUGAGCUCAUCAUGGAGGCUGCACAGGAUGGGAAAGCUGGGGACAUCAGUGGUAGGAGCCCACUCGAUGGCUCUCAAGGCUCCCCCAUGUCCACCUCCAAAGUCAGCUACCUAAUAGACUUCAAUUCGACAGAGGAGUCAGGGGAGUUCAGUGAUGACAGCUCCUGCACUGGCUCCUCACUAGACACCAUGCAGGAGGGCAAGUUUAAAAAGGGUCACUCGAAACGAUUUCACAGCCCCUCAAACCCUCUUAAUUACGGAUUGCGCUCAAAGAGAAAGGUCCGGUACAGUGAUGAUUACUUAUAUGAUGUAGACUCGCUUGAGAAUGAAAAAAAUGCAGAGAAAAAGGAGAAAGCUCCCUCUGGUCAGAAAGAAGAGGAGGAUGUAGACUGGUGCCCCAAAAAACGUCGAAAAUCCUGUCGCAAAGAGCCACCCGUGGUCAUCAAGUACAUCAUCAUCAACAGGUUCAAAGGAGAGAGACUCAUGUCAGUGAAACUGGGCAAGCUGGACCCUGUGGAUGCAACUGUGAGCUUAAAUGCCGACACAGUGAGCAAAUACGAGACACUGGCUCCUCUGAAGGAUUUCUGGCAGGAGAAGCAAAGGGAGAGACAGGAACAGCUUAAGCUGGCUGCCAGAGAUAAACAGCAACGUGGUUUUCAUCUAAACGGACGCCAUCAUCGCCCUUUCAAUUCAAGUCAUCCCAAAAGGAAAUACAAGAUUGCAAACAGGCUUAAGGUUCAGAGGAUUCACACUGUGGAGCAAUCAGCAACAGCACAGGGCUCCCCUCUUUCUGAUCAGGGCCAGGGUGGUGUCACUAAAGAGGAGGCCACCCCCACGGUAGGAGGAAUAAUAGCGGCCCCAGGCCUCCCGGUCACAUUAGACACAAACUCUAUCACAUACACAGUCACAGCCAAGAGCCGCUCCCAGGAGAGGGAGGAGAGGGAGGGGAGGAGAUUGGGUGGAAAUAAAACAGUCAGGAUAAGGAAAUUCAAAAGCGAAGCCAGGCUGAGGAGCAAGAAAAUGAAAGAGGCAGAAGCAAAGGAGGGGAGGAGCGUGACAAAUGAAACGGAUGCCUGUGUCACUGCGACAGAGACAGAGGAUUCUACUGCUGGGUUAGAACAGGCAGGCAUUAGUUCAACCACAGUCAAAUCCCAUUUCUCUGACAAUACCACCACUGCUCGUGCAUCUGAGGAGAAAUUCCCCUUUGUUUCAUCCACCUGCUCCUCUGACAAAGCACCUUCCUCGGAGGAGGUGGAGGCAGGUGUCCCUGUCAUCCCAGGAGGUUACCUGCAGACCCUGCUAGAUGCUACAGACUCCUCUGGAGGAGCGGCUAUCUCCUAUUUUUCCCAGCAGUCCUCUCGGCAGCAGUAUUCUCUGGGACUGUCCCUGGAGGAAAAACAGUUUGCCUCUCUUCAGCUUGCUCAGAGCUGUGUCCUCUCCCCUCCCUCCGAGUCUGAGCUCCAGCAGUCUCCCCAGAACUGCCCCAGCUUCCCCCAGAUGUGGCACCCGCAGAUCUGCGGAAAUCACAGCCAGAGCUUUGGGCCUGAAACCCCCGAGACUCCCAUCUUACCCAACAACUUCCCUGCUGCUGUGCCUCUGAAUGACACCCUGCCAGUGUCUAACUACAGCCAGCUGAGCCCUGAGGCUGACAGGCUGCUUUAUGAGAAGAGCUACCUGACUGAGGCGGGGCUGCAGCCUGGGGGAGAUCUGCAAGUGUGUCAGUCUGCUUGUGUGGAGGGCCAGGUGCAAUACCAGAGAGGGUCCCUGUGCACAGACAAUGGUAGGCUCAUCAGCUAUGACUCAGUGGGCUCUCUGUCAGCCUCCUCCAGCAAUUACAGCUCUCUCAGCCUCAAGUCUUGUGAGCGAGAGGGUGAGGAGGAGGGACGAGACAGCUUCUUAGCUCAUUGCAGUCCUAAAGUGGUGAUUCAGCAGAGUGUGGAUGCCCUUACCCCACUCAGGGAGUCCUCAGAUCUGCUGGAUAUCUCCAACUUCACUCCCGACAAGUUCAGACACUCAUCACUUUCAGAGCUUUCCCCUCCCGAGACCCCCAACCUGUCUCCACAGGUGGUGGGACGUGAAAUGAAGAUGGCAGGAAACGCAGGAGAAUACCAGGAUGUUAGCGAUAUGAAUAUGGACUGCAACAGGGAGGUCAAAUGGAACUGUGAUACUGUACAGCAACAGGAGCACACAGCAAAUGCAUACACCGUGGAGGAAAGUCAGUUUCCACUGCACAAUUUCAACAGUCGGGAUGUGAUAGGUCUAGACAAGAAGGAGCUGGGAGGAACCGAAUUUGAUGAACAGGCCGGUGAGAUUUUGGCUGGAGCGAAAAGCAUAAAGUCAAAGAGGAAAGGCAGCUGCAAACAGAUGGCUGCAGGACAGAGCCCGAAGAAGGUGCGGGCUCCGAGAGCUCCUAAGUCAGAGAAAGUCAAGACUCCCAAACAGAACUCGCGUUCCACCAAAAAGAUAAAAGCUAUGUUAGAGGGUAAGGCUGCAAAGAACCAGGCAGGUGGUUGCGGCACAGGCUUGACUGACAGUAGCACCGCCAGGGACUGGACUGGCACCGGCUGGUCAGAGAGCAACAGCUUGGUAGGGGAUGACCAGAGAGAAUUUGAGGAGCCCUCCAAUAUUCUAUCUAACAUUGUCUCCGGCAUGGCUGAGGUCCAAAGGUUCAUGAUGGCUUCCAUUGAGCCACUGUGGAAUCCUAUGUCAGAGGCCUGCAUGCCCCCUGAGGCCAAUAGCCUCAACCUAAAGACCCUCAAAAUCUUGGCAGGAACAGAAGCUGACCUGAAGAAGAAAGGAGCUGUGCUAACAGGAGCUGGCAGAGGCAGAAAGGCAGGGGGAAAGGGAGGGAAAAACCAGGCCAAAUUCAACCCCACUCAUCCCUUGUUCCCUCAGCUAGCACUGGGCUGCAACAUGUUUGAUAAACCCAACUUUAUUAACCCAGGGCCCGCGCACAAAAAGCUGUACCGCCACAAGACCAGCGCAAAGUUCCCUCGGAUUGAGACACUGAAGGGAAAGCGAGCUGAGAGAGACCCAAAUAAGGACAUAGCACUGAUGACCUCUUUUGAGAAACUGAGGUAAUAUUUUGUUAUCAGCUGCUGUUUCUUCCCCUUUCUCACUCCCCCCCUCCACCUGCUCAGCCCUCCCUCCCAGACAUACCCACACUGACGCUAUGCCAGAAGUGCAUGAGUACUAUGUUUCCCCUGAUUCCUCCCACUUCCUUUUGUCCCCCCCCUUCCCCCGAAGAGGAAAUUAUUAUCUGCAUGACAAACUUCUUGUACUUUGCAAACUACCUAUUGAGUGAUUGUGUCAAGCUUGAUUGAGAUCUGAAACGACCAUGGCUGAAUUUUUUUCUUGCUUUUGUUGUUUCUGCUUUGUUUGUUCUUCUUAUAGUCGUUUUUUUGUUUUACUUUUGUCUGAAAAAAAAAAGAGAAUACGCCUUGAAAACAAGCUCUGUCGCCUUUUUUGAGGAACUUUUUUGUUUUGUUUUUUUGCAUUUUUACAGCAGAACUUGCUCCCCUGAAUUAUAUAUUUAUUUCCCUUUUCCCCUAAAGAUGUAGCUAUAUACACAAAUGCAUUGAGUGACUUCUACGUCCCCCCCCCCUCCUCAUCUGUUUUUGUAUGCAGAAAAUGGAUGUCCUGUUGUUGCUGUCCUUCAUGCACUGCCUGGCUCAUUUCAAGAGGGAAACCUUCAGUUAAUGAGCCGUAUUUAAGCCCAAGACAUCCUAAACACACGAGAUGGGACCAUUUUGUAUUGAUGACAUAUCAGAUAUUGUCUUUUUUUCCCCUCAAAGUUGGAAUGACUCCCUGUUUUCUUUUAUCAAGCAUUACUUCUUUUCCUGAAGGUCAGAGGAACUGGUUAUCAAAACUUACAUUUUUACGCCUUGCAAAUUCAUAAAAGCUCCACCCUCAGAGUAUUUUUGUCUAUGUUGUUGUACAGGGACAUGCAAUAUUUGCAAAAAAAAGAAAAAAAGAUGAUUAUAAUCAUAAAAUCAAUGUGCCAAAAGUAACAAUGCUGUGUAAAUGACCUCUUAUAUAUGUGUGAAUAUUGGCUGUUCCUCUUUUCUAUCCAUUGGAAUAUUGGCUGCUCGGGUUGGAGGCUACUUGCAAAGACUCGCAACUACAGGAAUUCUUGGAGACUAUUUCUCUCUUCUCUGAUGAAAGGCACCAACAGCUGGCAGUGGUACACCACCACUCACUAAACCAAAUCAGAAAGACUGUGAAUUAUUCUCGUUUUCCCCACUUUGUUUGCCAAAUUCAAUUUACCUCAACAUCGUGUGGCACUGAGAAGCAAAAAAACAAAAAGAGGUAAUGGGGAGAUCUGCUCUGAAGGCCACUGUGGAAGAUGGAGAUGGCGAAAAAAAAGAGAAGUUCAAUUGAGCUCUCUCUGGACCAAGGGGAGUGUAGUGCAGAUGUCUGAGGGUAAGCGAGGGAAUUAUUUGAUAUUUGGGGCUGGGCCUCACUGAAUAGCUGUUUGUACUGGAAAUUUAAGGCAGAUUAUUACCCAUUGAGAUUCUGAUGCAUGCAUCAGCUUUGAAUGGACAUUUUUGCAGUUUGGUUUAUUGUGAAUGUGACAGCAGUUUUCAGUACAAAUGGAAUCAGUAGUCUUGUAAAUGAAGGAAAGCAUGUCUUUGCAUCCGCUCCACAUGGAAGUUUUACUAUCUUAACUGAAAUGAUCAUUUAAAUGAUAACUUUUGUUGACAUUUUCAUGUUGUUUUAGUGCAUACCACUGCCUUACUUUAUAGGUUUCACCUCUGGUGACUCAUAUUUUUUUGGUUCACAUAAUGUCCACAUUUACCUUAAUUCUCUGUUUACAGUGUACUUUUUAUUUGCAUGUCUGUACCUGUCCUCUCAGUUUGAAUGGAUCAAUAUUUUGGCAGAUAAUCCUGUGACCAGUAAUUCAUGGCCACAAAUAGAAGGGCACAAAUAAACAAACAACAAAAAGAGGGGAAAAAUGUAUUGCUGUGAUCUGAUCCAGUGUAGUCCCCACAUCACUGCUAUCAGUUUCUUUGGGCUCAUUCACUACCUCAGAGCACUGAAAUAAACUUCUAAAAAUCCACCUUAAAAUGGACCAUACAAUCAUACAUGACCAGUUAUGAAAUCUGAAGAUUUCAUAACUGAAAGGGUUUCAGGAGAAAUGCAGAGCCAAUCAAACAAUUAAAGAGUCUUUUUAAAAUAUGAACUCAAAUAAGGCCUAUAUCUUCUCUCUUUUGAACGAUGAUAUCAUUUUUUAACAUAGAGGUAUUUACAUGAGACUGCAUGAACAUAUGCAGGCAAAUUGAUUGAUUGAUUUGAGAACAGGCCUUGUCACACUGGAUAUGGCAAUUCUGACACACAGGUUAUGGUAAUUGAUUGCUUGCAUAAGGCAAGAAUCAUAAUCAAUCUUUCUGUGUCUCUUUUUUCUCUAUUCUCUGCCAUGAUCCUUUGUUUCUUUUCUAUAGCGUAUCAGGGUUAGGACCAAGACAAGCUGCUGAUGGGAAGCUUCAUAUGGGCUGCACGCCCAUUUAGUCUGCCUUCUCUCAUUUCUGCCUAUUGUCAAAUUGAAUGUACUUCUCUCAGUUCAUUUUUCUUUUCUCCUUUUAAUCUUUUUUCUGUUUCUAAAAUGUGCCACUGUUCAGCUGCCUCAUGUUAAUGGUGCUAAGAAAGCUGUCAAUUUUUUUGUUUUGUUUGUUUUUGGGUUUUUUCCUGUUUGUUUUUCAUUUGGAAUCUUUUCUGUUUGUUUUCCCAGAGUUAAUAAAAGAAGAAAUGCAAAAUAGAUUAGGUACCUAACCCUCUUUAUGAAUGUAUAUUAUAAUGAUAUGUUUGAUGUAUUCACUUCAUGAUUCUUUGACACUGAUUGGAAUUACUUUCACUGUUUUCAUUAAAAGAUUACCGAGCUUUAUAUAUACUGUCUAGAGUUGUUACAAGAAGGAAUCUUAAUGAACUCUUGACACUACAAAAUCUUGUAUAUUUUUUGUGUGCCAAUUUGUAACAUAUUUUGUAAGUGUAUAUUUUUCUUAGAAAGUGCUGUGAAGUAUUUGUGUGUGUGAGUAACCUUUUAUGCGCCUCUAUGGGCAGUGGAAAGGAUAUACAGUGACAAGUUUCUGGUUUUAAAAACCAAAAUAUGAAAGUAUCAACAGAAAACUAGAAAUAUUUACAUUUUGUUGGGAGUUUUGUAAUAAGACCAUGAUCUUGUUGUGAGAGUGUUGUGUUACUGUGCAAAACACAAAUAAGCAAAGAAAAAAAUGAAAACUUGGAAAAAAAUAUAAUUUGUGAACAAUUUGCUGUUUUAUAGAUUUUCAUGUAAAUUAUUUGAGUAUUAUUUUGUUUUUUGUUUUGUUGUAAUUGUUGCAAAGGUUUUAAAUAUUUGUGAUCAAGCCUGUAUGGUGAUAAUGUAAUAUUGGUAACUUGCUGAGUUUUGUAAUAAUGUUUAUGGAGUAAA